GCAUCAAGCAGAUUUGCAGUUGUCGGCUGGCUGUUGUUUGUUGUAGACGUGUAUACAAAAAUGUCGUCACCAUCGACUAUUAGUCCUAGACAGGCUCAACAACAGCAUGUUUUAGCGGUAUCAAGAGAUUUUAUUUCGCAGCCCAGAUUAACAUACAGGACAGUAUCUGGUGUAAACGGACCCCUAGUUAUAUUGGACGAAGUUAAGUUUCCUAAAUAUGCAGAAAUUGUGCAGUUACGUUUGGCUGAUGGUACCAUCAGAUCAGGGCAAGUUCUUGAAGUUAGUGGUUCAAAAGCUGUCGUGCAAGUAUUCGAGGGAACAUCUGGAAUUGAUGCUAAACACACUCUUUGUGAAUUCACCGGUGAUAUUCUUAGAACACCAGUAUCAGAAGAUAUGUUAGGUCGAGUAUUCAAUGGAUCUGGAAAACCCAUUGAUAAAGGACCUCCAAUAUUGGCUGAAGACUUUUUGGAUAUCCAAGGACAGCCUAUUAAUCCAUGGUCUCGUAUUUAUCCAGAAGAAAUGAUUCAGACUGGUAUAAGUGCCAUUGAUGUGAUGAAUUCAAUUGCUAGAGGUCAGAAGAUUCCUAUUUUCUCAGCUGCUGGUUUGCCCCAUAACGAAAUCGCUGCUCAAAUUUGUCGACAAGCAGGUCUUGUCAAAGUACCUGGUAAAUCGGUGCUUGAUGAUCAUGAAGACAAUUUUGCUAUUGUUUUUGCUGCUAUGGGUGUCAACAUGGAAACAGCUCGGUUCUUCAAACAAGAUUUCGAAGAAAAUGGUUCUAUGGAGAAUGUGUGCCUUUUCUUGAAUUUGGCCAACGACCCUACCAUAGAAAGAAUUAUCACUCCUCGUUUGGCCCUUACGGCUGCUGAAUUCAUGGCUUAUCAGUGCGAGAAGCACGUUUUGGUCAUCUUAACCGAUAUGUCUUCUUACGCUGAAGCUUUGCGUGAAGUUUCAGCCGCUCGUGAAGAAGUACCCGGUCGUCGUGGUUUCCCUGGUUAUAUGUACACAGAUUUGGCCACUAUCUAUGAACGUGCCGGACGUGUUGAAGGCCGUAACGGAUCUAUUACCCAGAUUCCCAUUUUGACUAUGCCUAAUGAUGAUAUUACCCAUCCCAUUCCGGAUUUGACUGGUUACAUUACCGAAGGACAAAUCUACGUUGACAGACAAUUGCACAACAGACAAAUCUAUCCACCAAUUAACGUGUUGCCGUCUCUGUCUCGUCUUAUGAAAUCCGCUAUAGGCGAAGGAAUGACAAGGAAAGACCAUUCUGACGUAUCUAAUCAGUUGUACGCAUGUUAUGCUAUUGGUAAGGACGUACAGGCUAUGAAGGCUGUCGUUGGUGAAGAGGCUUUAACCCCCGACGAUCUUCUGUAUCUUGAAUUCCUCACAAAAUUCGAGAAGAAUUUCAUUUCGCAAGGCAGUUACGAAAACAGGACUGUGUUCGAAUCAUUGGACAUAGGCUGGCAGUUGCUCCGCAUCUUCCCCAAGGAGAUGUUGAAACGUAUCCCGGCGGCGACACUUGCGGAAUUCUAUCCAAGAGACUCGCGUCAUUAGUUACUUAAUUCUGUUGACGAGUUAGUUACCGUUGUUGUAUUUUUUAAGUUUACCUUCGUCCAAAAGUAAUUUCUCUUAUCAAUGUACUAUUCAAUCCUCCUCCACUUCUUCCACGAAGGAAACGUCGGCAUAGUCGAAUGAAACGGGGAAAGAAACUGCAUUUGCUUUAUUAAUUAUAAUACUGCUUUGCCCCUACAACUCCUGUUCAUUCUCCUAUUUCUCCUCUUUCUUUUUUGUCGUCCAUACCGUGAUUAUUUUCCGUCGCCAUCAUUGGUUGUUCUUUUUUCGAUUUUUAAUGUAAUACAGUGGCCAUUUACACCCCCAGUUUUAUUUUUGUCGUCCCAGUGCCGUUGAAUGUUGUGAGCCGGCUGCAUUUCCUCUGCAGUUUUUUUAAUUUUAGUCGAAGCAUUUUUGAAUUAAUUGUGUAAUUUCUGUUUUAGUUUUCAAUUUUAUUGAUUGUAUUUGCAAAUAUGAAGGAAAGUUGCCCAAGCGCAGUAUUACGUUCUCUUUUUAAGGAUUGUUUACACUGUUUUACAUGUUUUUACAUGUUGCCACAAUUUUUUAAGGACCAAACAAAAAACAGAGGAAUCCCUACUAAUUUUUAUUUUCAGUUUUUCUGAAAGAGUGCCUACUUGCUAAAAUAGAACUGUAGAGUGUAUAUUUUUUCUUUUUUAGUUUUUUUUUUUUCAAAAAUUUAAAAUAUUUAUCCGCCUUAGGAAUUUUAUUUUUUCGCCGUGAACACUGCGAACUGUAUAUACACACAAAGAUUAUGUACUUUGUAAAUUAUUGUAAAAAGCCCAGCUAAAGAAAAAGACGGAGGUAUUUAGGUGCACUUUCCUCGCUUUACUGGUAGAAAAUUUUAUUUUAAUUGCACAUCAUUUUGUAAAUAUGAUACCGCACAAUGUCACAUUAUUAUUUUUUUUCGUUAUUUUAUUCGAGAAACAUAUUACAUAAUGAUAUACAAUUUUUUUUGCUUGCAUAAUCGUUAUUUGAUCGAUUGAUUGAUAUUAUAGCAUAUUAAUGUUAUUUUUGGUGCUGAAAUAAUUUAAUUUUUUAAUCAUCGCGCGACUGCUUUCACGAUGUGCCCACCAUCAUCAAAGAGAAGACUAUUUGAGAACUGUGUACUACAUUCCAUUUAUUGAUUGAAAAGAAAAAUAUAAAGAGUAAUGAUCGAUAAUGAUGAAAUAAAUGGUCGAAUUCGAUCGCAUUGUAUAAAGCAAUAUACCUGCUUGUUCCAGUAUUUUUUUGGUAGAUUAAUUACUGUAAUAAUAAUGAUAAUAAUAAAUGAUGAUAAUAAUUGUAAAUGGUGAACGGAAUUUUUUUCAUUGUAAUGUAUCGUGGUCAGACACGCUAUCGUCUUCAUGUUGUUACAGUUAUGUAGUUGUUUCCCUACUGUAGAAAAUUAUGUAUCUAUAAUUAAAUAUUCAAGUGUUAA